GCCCGCCCCAACCAACCCUCGCGAGCCCCGAUGGACGCCGUCGCGUUCCCGCCGCCUCCGCCGCCCUUCCUCGACGACGACUUCGAUUUCGGCGACUUCACCUUCGCGCCCGCCGCGCCUGCGCCCCCGCCGCCGGCUGAUUUCGCGGCCUUCGACGACGACUGGGGCGACUUCGUGGUCGGAUCCAACCCGGACACCCCCGCCACCGCUCCCAAGGACAAGCCGGCCGCCGGAGCCUGGGAGAAGCCACGCGGCCCUCUGCCCCUAUCCCUGUUUGGAGCCGACGACAAGGAGGAGGAGGAGGAGGAGGAGGAGGAGGACGCAGGGCCGUCCAUGCCGCCGCCCGCGAGCGCGCACCAGCGGACCCCGUCGUUCGAAUCCAAAGGGCUGAGGCCCGCGGAUCUGAAGGACCUCAUCGUCGGCCUCUACGGAUCUCAGCCCGCGCCCGCCACCGACGCGCCAGGGGCGAGCGCGCCGGAGGUGGCGGAGGACGAUGACGGGUUCGGGGAUGACGGUUGGGAAUUCAAGGCCGCGCCUCCCUCGGUUGCUGGGCAGGAAGGAGGCGGGCCAGCUCGCGGGGAUGGGAUUGAGGGUAUGCCAAAAUCAUUGGAAAGUGACCAGGAAGACUGGUCACUAUUUACUAGUGUGAAUAAUAAGCAGAACCAUGUCCAGACUACGGAUCAUGUUAGAAAUCAUGAGUCCAUAGGACAAAGUACGAAGAACUUGAGUUAUCGUCCAGAUAAUAGUUCAUCCAUACUCAACUUGUACAAAGAACACAACCUAGUCGAUGAAGUUCAUGCACCUCAAAGUUGUUCAGAAAGUGUGCUGAGCUCUUCUGAUUUGUUCUCCAACAAUGAAAUGAACUCUUCGUAUGGAACAGAUGAAAACCAUUCCAUUAAAUCAGCAAGCGAUAGCAUUUUGAUUGAUUUCUACCAUAAGCUGAGAGAAGAGGCAGUGGCAAUGAUAUUCCGGUAUAAUAAGGACAUUAAGGAGGCCCAGAAAAGUCCUACACAUUUAGAUAGAACCAACAAGGUGGCAGCAAUAGAAGGGGAGAUUCAGGAAAUUUGGGAGAAACUACAAGAUUCAUCAGUUGCAGAAGGAUUUUGCAUAGGGGAACAGCCUUCAAGGGAUGCAUGUUUUUCUGAACUUCUUAAAAGUACCAAAGAGGAACAAGUGAAGGAUUUUGAGCAACAAUAUCAUUUAGCAGAAAAAUUAACACUGGCACAGCAUGACAUGAGUUUGGCAGUUGAACUUUACAAGCAUAGUGUGUCAACCUUACUUAUCUUGGAACUAGCAUCCAAAGAGGAGCAAUGUGAUUAUGUAGCCGCAUGGUACAGUUUAUUUCUGUCCUGUGCUCAGGAAUUGCAGCAUGGUGCUGUGCUUUGGCAAGAAUCUUGUCAUGCAAAAGUCUGUGACCAAGUAAUCUCUGAAGGUGUUCAUUGCCUUAUUGCUCUUGGGGAGAUCUACAGAGUUGCACAGAUCUUGCAUUUGUCCUUGCAGUAUUUCAAACCUUGGGUUCUUGCAGAUCCCGGAAUGCUUAAUAAAAUGUCAGCUUGUUGGGACAGCUGCACUAAUGCAUGGACUGGUGGUUUAGAAACAGCUCUCGGAACAGUUAUUGACAGCAAUCACUUGGAGGCAUCUGUUGUUAAAGCUCUUCUGGAGACUAUCAUUAGUAUUAAUGAACUUGAGGUGGCCAAUCUUCAGAAUGGCCUUCCCAACAGUGAGUUGACAUGUCAACUAACACUCAUGCCAACUGGUUUGCUACCAGAGCUGAAAGUGAUCGUGUGGAAUGGUAAUCACUAUUUUGUUAAAGUUGCAAACUUGUGGGUGAAUCGAGUGUCUUCCAAUCCUCCUCGGUUUUCACUCACUCAUGUCUCUACAAUGAACGGUACAACCAACAACUGAUGUUCUAUUUAGAGGAUGAAACUUGUCAUUCAAUCCGGUGGAGGCAUCAGAACAAGGUUUCUGUGCCAAAAAAAUUCAGAAGGUUUCCUUGCAGUACAGCAAUAUAGAGUAAAGUAAAACAUCUCCUGGAUCUGUUGACCCAUGUGGCACGGCGGUGGGCUUCUGGAAGGUCAGUAGAUGGGGAUUUCGUUCCAAUAUUGGUCGAAGGCCAUUCUUUUGUACAAGUAUUAUCACGAUUCUUUGCAGUGUCUGGUAGCGGCACUGGUAUAGUGAGCCUAAAGGGCUGUUUUUCUGCAGUAAGCAUGUGUAUCAUACAUUUAAUCUUGAGACCAUUGCAGCAACUGAGUUGUGAGAAGCAACAGAAGCUGCUGCGACGGCACAAAUUGUGAAUUGUCAACUACAAAAAUUGGUGUGAAGUAAGGGAAAGUUGUAUUGAUCUGUUCGUGCUA